GAAGCGCCGCUCCGCCCUCCUGACGCGGUCGCUAUGGUAACCCAUUCGCCUCUGCCUCAGGAGUUUACCAACAGCUCUCAUCUCUGCUCAUUUCUAAUGAGAUUUCACGUUUAGCAACCACUACAUAAUGGGAGGUAAAUUGUGAUUAAUGCCCAGCCUCAACUGAUAAUCCAGGAGGAUUUUACAUCUUACAUUAAAUAACAUUCUUCCUCAGUUUGAGCUGAAAAUGACAGAAGACCACGGAGUGGUACUUUCUCAGUCUCCUUUAUCAUCCUUGACUAAAGUCACAGACAUAUCACAGCAAAGCAAUCCUGAAGACACCUUCAAUGGGGAUACCAUUCAGUCAACUUACAAAGAUAUUUCAAAGGGCUUACCAAGGGAGUUUAUGUCAUCCCAGGCAAAAGCAGUUAUUAAAACUACUGAAGAUUAUUUGCAGCCUCAGUUUGGCCCCAACAGACUUUUGCAUUCAGCGGCAGUAUCAGAAGGGUCAGGACUUCAAGAUUGCUCCACACAUCAAACAGCAUCAGAUCAUAGCCAUGAUGAAAUAUCAGACCCAGAUAGCUACAAAUCAAACAGUAAAAACAAUUCUUGUUUUAUAUCAGCAUCCAAGAGAAACAGACCUGUCAGUGCUCCAGUGGGUCAACUGAGAGUUGCAGAGUUCUCUUCAAAAUUUAAGUGGGACCAGAAUUGGCACAAAUUGUCUCAAAGACACAAACUUCAACCCAGACUGAUUAGAGUGACAGCUUACCAAAAUGGAUCUAGAGCAGUCUUUGCCAAAGUUAUUGCACCAACCAUUACCUUGUUGCUGGAGGAGUGCACAGAAAAGCUGAAUCUGAACAUGGCCGCACGACGAGUGUUCUUGGCAGACGGCACUGAAGCCCUCGAACCUGAAGACAUACCCCGUGAAGCAGACGUUUAUGUUUCAACGGGAGAGCCCUUUUUAGAUCCAUUCAAAAAAAUUAAAGACCAUCUGUUGUUAAUGAAGAAAGUAACCUGGACAAUGAACGGGCUGAUGCUUCCUACUGAUGUCAAAAGACGGAAAACCAAGCCUGUUCUUUCUAUUAGAAUGCAGAAACUUAUUGAGAAGACCUCAGCCCGAAUUCUACUCUUUAAGAAUGGCAUGGGGCAGGAUGGGCAUGAGAUUACAGUGGGAAAGGAAACAAUGAAAAAGGUUUUAGAUAUUUGCACAAUGAGAAUGAACCUAAAUUCACCAGCCAGAUAUCUUUAUGAUUUAUAUGGCAGAAAAAUCAAAGAGAUUUCAAAAGAAAAGUUCUGACUCUAAGGUGUGAGACUUCAUAGCUGCCAAGGGCAUUCUGAUUCAUGCCUCAUGCUUCAUGUGUCCCAGAAGUGUGUUAUUAUCACAUUUUAAUGCAUGCCUUGCCCCGUGGUUUUGCAUACUUAUAAAAGCUUAUGCCAGCUGAAAUUAGCCUAUGCAACUACUAACAUGUGGAAGCAUAACAAGUUCACUGGACUUAAAAUACUUAAAGAAGCUAAUCCUGUUGAAGGAACUUCCAGUCUGCAGCACCCUAGUCACUUAACAUUAGGUUUUUGCAUUUCUUUUUUCUUUGUUUGUUAGUAUGAUUUUGUGCAUCAAGUGAUUGAGGUCCCUAAACUUUUAUGUCUGAUAGUCUUCUGAACUUUUAACUUGGGAAAGGUCAAGUGUUAUAUAAAGCUCUCUUUUACUUUAAAUAAAUGCCAACAUUCUGAUUUUCUUUUGAUU